AUGUCGUCUUCAGUCAGCGGGCGCCAGAAAGCUGUGAUCUUGAUUCCCAAAGUUGGAGGCUUCAUUUCAUUGUUUUGUUCCUCCUUCAUCUUAGGCCAUGUUUGUAUGAGUAAUCAGCGGCGUUCGAAUAUGUAUCAUCGGAUUCUGGCCCUCAUGUCUGCCUCUGACAUGGUUGGUUCCACCAUCUUUGUCUUGAGUUCCUGGCCAAUCCCCCAAGAAACUGGUAUCUACUUGGCCAGUGGCACCGUCGAUUCCUGUGAAGUUGUGGGAUUUGUAAAUCAGAUUGUUGCGAUUCUUACACCAGCAUACAAUGUAUCUCUGGUGCUUUACUACUACCUGACAAUUGCCCAGGGUCUGCGUCCCGGAGAGAUGUGCAAAUACCAAUACUACCUCUACUUUGUGCCCCUCGUAUAUGCCCUUGCCAUGGCUAUACCAGGCCUUCCCUUGGACUUAUACAAUGCUGCCAACUUUGUCUGCUGGAUUGCACCAUAUCCUCCUGGUUGUCAAGGCAACGAAUUCGAGCGAGGACACAAUUAUGCCGUCCGAAAGCAGGAACAAGUCGUUCGAAAGUACGCCGGAGGUGGUUCUGGUAUGAAGCACUCGAGACGAGUUGCCAAUCAAGGGCUCUUGUACGUCAUCGUCUUUUUCCUUACCUUUAUACCAGGGACCAUGACAAGAUUGCGUCAAAUGACUACGGGACAGGUGGAGUACUGGAUCAUUAUCACCAUGACCAUUUUCUUGCCUCUUCAGGGCUUCUUCAACCUUAUCGCUUAUCGGUAUGUUCCUCUCUGA